UGUGUGUGUGUGUGGAGCUGGAUGGAGCUGGAGUGGGCUGGGAUCUGCCCGUCAGCCAUGUUGGAAUGAGAGGGAAUGAGAAGCUGGAAUGAGAGAGGAUCGACUGGAGAAGACGGGAAAAGCGGCUUCUGGAAGAUCACCACAGACGAUCACACAAUAAACGAACAUUUCCAGAGUUUCAUUUCACACAGACUAUGACAGACACCUAGCGCACAGUAAAGGCAUGGCGACGGCAUACCUGGAGCCCAACUCCAACCACACCCUGGGUGGCGGGGCCAAGGCUCGUCUCAGCGCGGGGACAGAGCGCGCCCCCGGGGCCCCGGACAGAGUCCUGAAGGUCUUCCAUCACUUUGAGAACAACAGCGAGCAGAGCACAUGGUCCAGCAACAUCCGGCACGGAGACGCCACCGACGUCAGGGGAAUCAUUCAGAAGAUCGUGGACAAUCACAAGGUCAAACAUGUGGCUUGUUUCGGUCUGCGUCUCACUCACGUACCGUCGGGCGACAUCCACUGGCUCCACCCGGAUCUGGGCGUGUCCCACGUGAGGGAGAGAUACGAGCAGAACCGCCCACAGGACGAAUGGAGGUAUGAGCUGAGGAUCCGUUACCUGCCCAAGGGCUUCCUCAAGCAGUUCACUGAAGACAAACCCACUCUCAACUAUUUUUAUCAGCAGGUGAAGAAUGGCUACAUGCUGGAGACUGCGGAUCAGGUGGACCAGGAGAUCGCGCUGAAGCUGGGGUGUCUCGAGAUCAGGAGAUUCUACAGAGAGAUGAGAGGAAACGCUCUGGAUAAAAAAUCCAACUAUGAACUGCUAGAGUAAGUGUUCUUUCCUGAACGAUAUGCACUUCAUAUUGACAGAUAAUGCUGAACAUUUAAUAAUCGAAUAGAGUUUAAUUGUCAAAAUGGCACAGUUAGAUCUCAGGAUGCCAGGACACUGACUGACAGAUCACUGCUAAUAAAGCUGAACUUCUCCUGAACAUCAUGUCCUCAGCACACACACACACAC